AUGUCCAGAAGGUUUUGAAACACAAAUCGACUAUAAUUUAUAUUGUUUCUUUGUAGACUAAGUGUCCUUGAGACGUUCGACGAUGUCCACGCGAAAAUUCGGACGACUUUCCGAGAACUUUCAGCUCUCUGGGAUCAGGUCCACAUGUCCGAGAGCAUGAGGUUCGUUGGGACUGCUGAGGGGUCCCUAUAGGGUCCGUGGAGGUUCUCGGGACGAGAAUAACUUCCCUAUAGGGGCUCCUCAGGCUUGCAAAAGCUGCCCCUAUAGGGGAUCAUGAUAAUUUUUUUCAUUUAUGAUUCAAAAAAUUAGCGUUUUUUGAAUGAAAAAAGAUGAAUAGAAUGAUUUUUCUUUUCACUUUUCAAGAAAAUAAGUUUAUAGGACCUUAGAGGGACCACUUGAGUUUUAGGGGCUUACUGAGGGUUCAAAAGGUCACUAUAGGGUUUUGACUUCUAGUGGGUUCUUUAGAAGUCGAAAUAGUGGCCCCUUAAGUGACUGAAUUUAAGUGGCCUCUUUAGAAGUCUGACAGGUACUUCUAGAUCACGAAAAACCACUGCAGUGGCCAUUAAGACGCGAAUAGUGGCUUCUAUAGUGGUAGUUUUAGUGGCCCCUUUAGUGACAUCUCCAAGUAGUCCUUGAGGAACCUCCUAAGUAUCCGUCCUUGUGUGUGACGGUUGGGAAUUAUGAAGCCGUGGUUUCCCACUACCAACAUUUCUUAAACCCCUUGGUUGGGUCGGGGCGGGGAUCGAACUUGUGACCCUGUGGACCGUAGACAGGCACACAACCUGUUGCGCUACGGCGCGCCCCUUGAGGAACCUCUUAAGGGGCAAAUAAAGUUUUUCUGAUCAUAAACCUCUGUAGAGGCCAUCUAAAUUUCACCCUACAGGUAUCAUUUUUUUUUUUGUCCCCUAACCCCUAUAGGGACCACUCUGGCGCUCCUAAAAUUGUUGGAAAUUGAACAUAAAACUCAAAUUUCAGAAUGCAGCGUAUUAAAAACGCAGUCGGCCACAUCAUGGAACUCUGCGAUAGCAUGGUUUUCGAAAUAAAUUCCAUUUUUGGAUAGAAUAUUGUUUUUCAAGAAUUCGAGUGAGAUGGAGAUGGUCGAGGAAGUGAUCCGAUCCAUCGAGGACUACCGCAAAAAAGUCGAAAAUAUGAGGGAACAGCUCGGAAAACCGCCGUUCCAUGUCGACCCCGCCGUUCCCGGACAACUCCAUCACCUUGGUUUUUUUGAUUUUUUUGAGAUUGGCGGAAAAUAUUUUUCAUUGCUUCAAAAAUCAUUUUUAUUAGAAAGGAUUUUUUUGGUCAUUUUGAGCAAAAAAAUUGACAUUCUUCAAAAAAAUUGUAUUUUUCUCCUUUUUUUCUUUUUUUGAGCGAUAAGAAGGCUUUUUUUAAAGAAAACCAUUUCUUUUUCACUUAUUUUUAAGCCGAAAAAAAAAUUGACUUUAUUUCAAAAAAAUAAUCAUUUUGCCUUUCUUUUCUUUUUGAGCAAAAAAAUGUUAACACAUUUUUUUAAAAUCAAUCUUUUCUUAAAUUUUUUUCUUGAAAUCAACCGGUUUUUUCAGAUUUUUCAACUUUUUUUAUCUUGUUUUUUGUUUUCAGUUGAAAGGAAGAUGAAUAUUUUUUUGAAAUUUGUAGCUUCAAAUUAAGGAAAGAUCGUCUUAUUAAGUACCUAAAAAUCAAUGAAGUUUCUCAGAUUUUGGUUAGUGAUAGAUCCAAAAAAACCUCCCUUGUUAUAGAAGAAGUUCAUUGUUUUUUUGUAUGGAAAGUAAACUAAAAUUUCAGUUGUAAAUAAUGGAAAUAAAAUCGAUUUUUUUCUUUAAGGUAUAACAUUUUUUUGUAGAAAGUUUUUAGUGACCAAAAGGUAUUGCAAGCAUUUUUUUGAACGUUUUUCGCGUAGUUUCCGGAAAAAUUUUCUAAGUUUGGACCGAAAAAUUUUUGGUUUGAUUUAGAGAUGAGACAAUUUUUAAAAUUUAUUGGGAUUUUUAAAAGCUGUUCUAAAACAUUUUUAGUAAUUCAUUUAUUCGCAGACAAAAAGAAAAAUUAUAAUGUACAAAAAGGGUUUUUUUGAAGGUCAAAAUGGUUUAAAAAAAGCUUAGGAACUAAAAAAAAAGAAGUUUUUGAGGAUUUUCGAUCCCUUAAUAAAAUUUUUUCCUCCUAUGGAUUUUAAUCAAAAGUUUUAGAGGAAUAAUUUCCAGAUGCGACUUUUGAAAGACGAGUCGGCGUCUCUCGAAACAGAAUACGAGCAGAAAAAAGAGGCCCAGGAAAAUUUGCUCGAAAGACUUCAUACGCUUUCCCAGCGCCUCGACAUUGAAGACGUCGAAUUGGUUCAGGAGUUUGACAAGGUUUUCAUCGAUUUCCUUUCCAUUUUGGUCAUUUUUAUCAUUUUCAGCUCUUCUCCGACGACGUUCAGAUGAAGUACGAGCAGUACAAGGCCGAUUGGGAGGAACUCCUGGCCGAACGAUUGGAAAUGUUCCUGAAAUUGCAGAAGGAGAUGAACGUUUGGGCCAGGAGCGUCGGUUGGUCUUUUUUGAAACAGUAGUUUGAACUAAAAUAAUGAAGAUCAUGGCCCUAUUUUUCACUGGAAAGAGUACUGUAUCAAAAAAAUUCAAAAUUACUUUUUUGAAAUUUAGGGUUUUUUUGUUGCUGAAAUUCUAAAUUUUUUUGAAACAGUGAGUUUGACAAAAAUAAUAAAAGAUCAUGGCCCUGUUUUUUUCACUGGAAAAAGUACUGUAUCCAAAACUUUUCUUUUUCGAAUUUUUGUUUUUUUUUCUCAAUUUAUAAAUUUUUUUCUUCUGGGUUUUUCUGAUAAUGAUAAUAGUUCUCACUUUAAUGUAUUAAUCGAUAUUUUUUUGUCCUUUUCAAUUUUUUUAGGUUUUUUUAUGUCGAAAUUUGAGGAAAAUCCUGAUUUUUUUCCUACAACUCAUUUUUUUUUCCAUCUUAUUGAGAAUUUAAUCGCCUUUUUACUGUUUCUGUUCAACAUGAAAAAUUCCACGAGCCCUUUUUUUUUGUUUUCAGUACAGGAUAGGUGAUGUGGGCAGAAAUUAGUUGAAAAAACACUAAAAACGUUUUUUUUUGGCGAAAAUCGUCUUUUGAGGAGCUUUUGAGCAGACGAGAGAAAAUUUGAGCAAAGGAGGAUUUUUUUUGUUGAUUUUGUGGAGUUUUUCGAGUUUUUGUCUUCAGUAAUUUUUGCUCGAGAAAGAAUCCCUUUGAAUAUAAAAUGUAUAAGUUUUUUUAGGGAACAAAAAAAGUUUAAAAAAAUCUACUAAAUUAGACAUAAAUGGCUUGAAAGAACGCUAAAAACUAUCGCUUUUUUUCGAAGUUUUUUUUUGUUUUUUUGUUUGAAGAAAAAAAAGCUCAAGAAGGCGUAGAACCCUUGAAAAAACACUUAAAAUGUUCAUUUUUUCAAAGAACAUGAACAAAAGUCGUUUCGACCUUUUGGAGAGUUUUGAAUCUUUUUUGGUAGUUAUUCCCUUUUUUUAAAAAGCUGUCUUGAAAAGGGAUUUUUUGGGAAGAAAAGAUUUUUUUUUCCAGGAGCAAUCCGAGAAGUCGUCAACCAAGACGAGGAGCUGAAGGCCUUGCUCGAAUCGGAUCCCAUUUCGGAAGAUUUUGUUCUCACCCAGGCUGUUAUCGAUUCCCUGUCCUCUCAACAUGCCGAGGUAUUUGAAGAAAAAAAUAAUAAUAAAUUUUUUUAUUUUUUUCAGUUGAAACACAUUUUCGUGGAAUACAACGAGCUGAUGCAGUUCCAAUGGACGGAGAAGUACGGCGAGCUGGAGGACCUCUGGCAAAAAUGCCACGUCAACGACUUUGAUCGUCUCUUUGAGAGCGAGUUCAACGCCGGUAGGUUUUCAGAGUGUCUAUCGAAAGUCCAUUUUCUGAAAAGUUCCUGAAACUUAGAUCAAGUUGCUGUUCCAAUGAAAGGACAAAAGGAAAAGCGUUUAUUAUUGAUUGAUUUAGAUGAGCUUCAAGUUCGACACCCUAUAGCUGAUUCACGGCUAGCUUGGGACGGGGGCGUGGUCUCUCUGCGCUCUCCACGAUUCAGGCACUAUCUUGUGCAUUAUCGUGUCAGGACCCUUUUUUCGAUGGCUCAAGCCAGCCGUGAAUCAGCUAUAUCACGUUCGAAAACGGAUGGGAACUUUUGAAAAUACUUAGGAACACUAGGGGGGGUCCCUAUAGGGGCCCUUGAAUGUCCCACUCUAGGGACCAUUUUAUCCCUAUAGAGGCCACCUUUUAAAGCUUCAGCUUGCUCUCCUAUAGGGACCACUCAAGCUUGUAAAAGUGGCCCCUAUAGGGGAGCAAGAUAGUUGUAAAGGUGAAGCAGCAUUUCCAUGAGAAACUCAAUAAAUUGGCGUUUUUCGAAUUUUCACUCAAAAUCCGAUCAAAAAAAUUGAAAAACCCCCUAUAGGGGCCACUUGAGCUUUAGGGGCUUGAAGUUCAAAGCCUGAACCUCUAUAGGGGCCACUUAAUAUUUAUCCCUAUAGGGAGCACUUUUUUGUCUCCUGGAAAGGCUGUUUUUCGCAACCCCUUUAGGGACCACUAGGUCAAUUUUGAAGAAAUUACCGGCCGAAAAGUAAAAUUAACUCUCUUAUUAGUUUUGGAUUUGAUUUGAAUCGUUAUGUUGAACCAAAAAUACGUCUUUUAAAAGAACUUCGAACAAAAAAAAAAGCGUAUUUCUUAUUUUUUCUGUGUACUCGCAUGCUUCUAACCAAAGUUUUUUGAAUUCAGAAAGGCACUCCGAGGGAGAUUUCGAACGGAUGUGCGCCGAAAAAGAACGUCUCGCCGUGCUCUACGACCACUGCAAACCGGUCUACGGCGUCCUUGACAGGUCGCCCAGAAUCGGCCAUUGACUUUACCCCAAUCGGAGAGGUUGCAGGUGGAAGAAGGCCUGGGACGAGAAGAUCGAGAUCGAAAACAAACGGAAAGAUCCGUCCUACUUCAAGAACAGGGCCCCCGGACACAGCGUCCUGAAGGAUACCAGGGUAUCUUCUGAACAAAUUUUCCCAAAAUUAUGCGCUUUUUGGCUUUUUGAUUCAAAGAAAAAUAGCGCUAAUUAUAUAAUCUUUUUGAUAUUAUGAAUUUUCUCUCGUUUUCAAAAAUAAAUAAGGAUAAAAUCCAGAUUGAAAGCGCGCUUCAAUCAUACAUGGGAUAGUCUCGGUGGUACCUGAAAAAAAGGGGGGAGAUUUGGCAAAAAAACGAGAAAAAGGGGGUGUUGGCAAAAAAACCGUAAAAAAAUUUUUUUCGGGGUGCGCGCUGGACUCGUCCGAUUUCAUAAAAAAAUUCAGACUUGGCCAGUCAUGUUCAUCUCAUGUAUGUCUUUAAUUUUUCGACCACUUCAACAUAUAAAUUGAAAAUGAAAGUUUUACAACUUCCGAGAAUUUUUUUCCCUAUAUAACAUGAACGUUAGAUUUUUUUGAAACAAAAUAAUACGACAUUUUUUUAUUUUUUUAUUUAAAGUGGGAUAUUAUUUUGAAACACUAGAUGUGCAAUUUAUAAGGAUAAACGGAAAUUAUAGUGGGUUUCUUAUGAAAUUGAAACGGAUUUUUAACAAAAAAAUUAAAGAUGAAAAAAAUCGGACCUGAAAGAAGAAAUAGAGGAAAAAAAAUCUCCAGAAGAAUGUUUUCAUUUUUUUAUGGUUGGUAGAAUUUAUUAAGAGCCAUUUUUUUAUGAGAAGUUUUUUUGAAAAAAAGGUUGAUUUUUUUGAUAAAAAAAUAUUAUUUUUUUGCGUAACUAUCAAAAAAAUUACUUUUUUUGCAUUAGCUGAUUGAAAAAUGAAGUUUAAAUUUUUUUAAAAAUUUUUUUGAAAAUAUUAUUCAAUAGUGGAUUCAUUAAAGAAUGAUCAUUCAAAGAUUUCUGCAGAUCGAGAAGGAUCUCAACGACAAGAUCCUUCCGAGAUUGAUGAACGAUCUUCGAGAAGCCUACGACGUCUAUCUUCAAAAGUAUCCCAACCAGAAGAUAUUGUAAGUUUGAGGAAGUCAAUCGCGAGGAAAAAAUUUGGAACUGGCGUUUCUGACUUCUGUUACAUCUAGUCCUAGGAGUAAAAAAAAUUAUCUUCGAAUUUUUCUAAAGACAGAGAAUCAGGUCGAAAAUGAACAGAGAAAACUCGAAAAAUGCUUUUUUUUUUUGGAUUUGUAGUUUAAAAAUUACUUUUCUGUAUAAUUCAGGAAAAUAGUGAAUGAAUAAUAAUUUUUUUAAAAAAAUAAGGUCGCAGAUUACAAGAAACUCUUGAAAACUGCUUCUCUUUGGAUUUGUAAUUUGAGCUUUCUUCGGAUUUUAGCCUUUUUAAAACAAGAGCUUCAAACAUAAAUGACAAAGAAAUCCGUCUUCAUUGUCGUCAAAUUCAAAAAUUUCCAAAAAAUGUUUCUGAGCUUUUUUCUGUUCGCUUUCGACGGCUUUUACUGACCUUUUGCUUGGAAAAUUUUGUUUUUUUGAAUAAUUGUGUCUUAGACGACCUACUACGGAAGUUGUGAACAGUAACUUGAAAACAUCUCAAAGAAUGAUGAAAAAAAAGGCUCAAAAGAUUUUUGAGCAUUUUUGCGCCUUCAAAUGAAUAUUCACUUUCUUUUUUAUCUUCAUUUAAUAAUUUUUUCUCAAAUUUUACCUCAUCUGUCAUCGAAAUCUGUUAUUAUUUCAGUAUCGAAAGCAUGGAGCCGAUGGCCUACUGCAAGUGGCAAUAUGAACUUCACGAUCGCGAAAAGGAAAUUGAGCGAUUGAAUAAGGUGAAAAUGAAAAACAAAUUUUUUUGUGUGAAAUAUUAAAGAUAUGAAAAUAGAGAUUUCAAGUCUUAGUUUUUCUAAAAAAAUUAGUAUUAAAAAGACAAUUAAUAUGAGAAAAAAAAGAAAAAAAUAUAACGGAAGUUUUUUCAGAAAAGAAAAAUUAGAAAAUCCAUAGAAAUCAGCAGUGCAUCGACAACUCUCGAUUCUUCCCUUUCAGUGAUUUUUUUCGUGAUAAUAAAAAGUUUCACGACUAGCCUUUUUUUGGAAAAAUCAUAUUUUUCUGUUGGGAAGUUUUUGAUUUAUAAUCAUGCUUUUUAGUGGAGAUUUUUUUCUGCAGUAUUAUUCCCAAUUUCGCAGAUGAAAAAAAUGAAUUUUGAUGUUACCGUUUUUUUGAGAUUCCAUGCUGUAGAGAAGUUUUAAAAAAAUUAGAAUUUUUUUCCCACUUUUUUUAAGCUCUGCAUUUCUGGCUCAAAAAAAUGUUUUUAUUCCUAAAAAUUCAUAAUUUUUUUACCUUUGAAAUUUUUCGUUAUUUUUCUAACGGUCUUCCUUUCAAGCAUCUAUCCGUGAUAAAUGGCCAGUUUUUGAAGAAAAAGUUCAAGUCAAAGUGCAAAAUAAAUGAAAAAUGAUCCAAAGAAUGAAAGUCUAGAUGAAUAUUCCCUUCUAGAUGGAGGCCAAAAAGCAGAACCUCGAAGCGACGCGAGUCUACUCGCCAGUCCAGAGAACGCCGACGACCGCCAAACGCCAUGGGAAUUUCCGCACCCCUGCGAGUUGCUCCCGUUUGGAACCCGUCGCCAAGGUUUUUCUUCAUUCCUAGGACUUCUGAAAGAAUAUUUCCUUCAGAAGCUUCAUUUCGAAUCGGCGCUGCCCCUGAUCCAUUCCCCGAGCACUUCUUCGUUGGUCAGCAUCAUCACACCUGUCAGGCAAGCUCAGGUAUGAGUUUCAAAAAUUAUAAAAAAAAAACUUAUGAGGAAAAUUAUAUAAUCGAUUAAAAUUUUUGAAGCUGUUUUCAUCAGAAAAUUUCUAUAUUAUCAUCAGAGCCCUUCGAAAACAAGGCAAAAAUAAAUUUAGAGACAAAAAGAUCCGAACCUUCGUCACAGACUCCACAGGCCACCGCACUAGCCACUACACUACGUUCCUAGCUAUUAUACAAUGGAUGGUCCCGCGCACACAUUAAUAUGAAUAUUGAAAGAUUCUAAAAAAAAAAUUCACUAAUUAUGUUUUUUGGCUGUUUUGCAAGAGUGAAAGGAGCUCUAUUGAUAAACCUUGAUUUCUGCAAAUUUUGUUCGAAAUGGCGCGUAGAAGUAAAUUAAAUCGAAAAAAAAUUUCGUCAAUUUUUGAAAAUGCAAAACUCCCAUAUGUUGAAUAUAAACCUCAUUUUACUUUCCUGAAAACGAAGGUUCCCCUCUAGGGUCGACCUUACUACAUUUAGAGGGGCACUAAAGCUUGAAAAUGCAACUCUAUAGGAACUAGUGGUCUUUUUACGUCUUCAAUCAGAUCAGAAAACUAACAGUCCUUUUUAGGGACUUGAAGCCACACCACAAACUCCUAUAGGGACCACCUAAAUUUGAGCCCUCUAGGGGACACUUUUUUGCCCCUUGGAGGGGCUGUCUUAGGGACCAAUAUGGUGUUUAUAUGAGCUUAAUAAUUUUGAAACAUUUUUUUCAGGGCGGUCCGAAGCAUUCCUCGCCGAAAGAAGACAAGCAGCGACUCGGCGCGAGAUCAGUCACUCCGUCGUCGGCGGCAAAACGGCCCCUCGCCAAAAGAAAUAUCCAUUUUUGA